AUGGACUCGUCCAAGCCAGGACUGGAUCUGGAGAAAGAGUUGACGUGCUCGAUCUGCACCGAGCUACUUUACCACCCUCUUACGCUCCUGGACUGUCUACAUACCUUCUGUGGCGCCUGCUUGAGGGACUGGUUCACCUGGCAAGCCCACGCAGCCGAGAAUGGCCCCGACCCGCCAGCGCCUGGGACUUCGGUCUUCACCUGCCCGUCAUGCCGGGCUCCUGUGCGAGACACGAGACACAAUGCCACUGUUGCCUCGCUCUUGGACAUGGUGCUUGCCGCACACCCAGAGAAGGCAAAACCAGACUCCGAAAAGGAAGAGAUGGAUGCCAAGUACAGGCCAGGAGACAGCGUGCUCCCGAAGCUGAACAUUCCGGAACGAACCGCCGAACAGUUACGCCUGGAGGAGCGGGAGAGGAAUUUGAUCGAAUCGGUGCGGGAGAUGAGCCUCCUCGAGGCUGUGAACGGCGAGGUGUCCGCUUCGAGGUCACGCCAGCAUCGAUCCUCGAAGAGGGACCCUACCCUCAGAGCAGAGCGGAAUGCGAGGUUGUCGCCCGACAACGUAGGGUCGAGGUCUGAACACAGCCGCAACAGCAGCAACGAGUCCAGGCGAAGGACCGAGGACUUGAGGGAAAGGCAGAGGCGUCACAUAGAGCAUCAGUCGUCCCUUAGAUCCCUGAUCAGCUCUUCAGACGCAGCCGACAUUGAUAUGGAGCGGGAGGUGGAGGAAUUUGCUCGGCAAAUCCAGGAAGAAGGCCUACUGGACGGACUGGACCUGGAGAAUAUCGACCUGAUCAACAACGACGAGCUGAGCCGAGUCAAGGAGGCGUCGGCGGGCCGCCAGCGGAAGCAGGGACCGGAGCUCGACCUUACCAGUCGGGCCUACGCAGCCAGAGAGCCACACAAGCUCAUGGCCAGCCGCUUCCUCCAACCGACAGCCAUGGUGGCAUCCGCGGCCGAAGACCGGAAGGCUUGGUCGACUGAAGACCCAUAUGAGCGUCUGCAGAGUGGCACCUUCUGCGCGCUGUGCUUCGCAUGGUCGAACGAGUGCUACUGGCGCUGUGAUGUGUGCAACGAAGGCGAUUGGAUGCCCAUCGCGCCCACGCAGAGUCGCUUCCACUGCUUCACGUGUGUCAGCUCCAUAGUGCCGGACUCGAGGCCCGGAGACUAUGAUAUAUGCGAGCAGUGCUACUACUCUCUGGCCUCAAAUGGUGGCGUCAGCCCAGAGAACGGUCCAUCUGGCUGGAGGCGGUGUCUCCAAGGCCACCGGAUGGUAGUUGUGGGUUUCCAGGACGGCAAUGGUGGGCAGCAGCGCUACACCCUGCGUGACCUCGUUGGCGGCCGGCGGCUGCAGGUCGAGGCGGUCGCGGACGAGCCGAGCCUGCAGCGAUGGGUUUGGUAUGAAGGUGACGACAAGCGAGAGAGACUCGUCGCCAGGGACGUAGCCCAGACGACAGACGCGGGCGACGCAUCUUUCCCGCCGGAUGGCGGGUUUGGCCUGAAAGCGUCGGCGCGGUGGGCCUGGUACCCUGCCCCGGGGAACAGUGAUGAGCUUCUGUUCCCUAAGGGGGCGGAGAUCACGGAGAUCGAGGACGCGAACGGGGAGUGGUAUCAUGGGGUUUACAUGGGUUCCAAGGGCCUGUUUCCGGCCCCAUAUGUGCGGGUACUGGAGUAA